AUCACAGUCUCCAUAUUGCACCAUUUCCAGUCCAACUAGCCAAUCUUGGGAAUAUCCAAUAUCCACUCAAUUAUGCCCCUCCACCCUAAUAAACAACCGGACCUCAAAUAGUUGCCUCGUACGGAGUUAAUGAACAACUAGUUAGUAAAUAGCCAAAUAUCGUGGAUCCCAUGGAUGAAUUUGAUAGUGUCGUUAGUGUCGUUCUAUGAUCAGUCCCGUCCGUUCCUUGGAAAGCGUAAACUCUAUUCUUCUACGAGAGUAACUCGACUCCUUUUUGCCUUUAAUCUCCCCUCCAAAACCUUCCUGUCUCCAAAUCACAAAAUAGCUUCAAUAUCAAUCUACAUCGUCGACGAGAUAUUUGGAAUUGAAACCGAACAUCAAAACACCUCCCAAAUACUUUCACACUUAUUUCAUUCUUACAAAGAUCUUUCUUAGGAUAAGUGAUAAGUCGGCAAGACGCAAGCAGCAUUAUUACGUCACGUAUUGUACGACCUGAGCAUUUGCUCCGGAAAAGCUGCAAGCUGGUGGGUUGCUGUCUUAUCAGAAAUCGGUACUUUUGGAUUGAGGUAGUAGCAAUUCGUAUUUCCAAGGUGUGUUCGGGAUUCCUAUUAUCUUCUUCCUAUUCCAAGAUUCUUCACAUUGCGCUCUUUCCUUGUGCCAACCACUCAACCACGUUCCUACCUGAAAAGAUAAAAACCCAAGCAAAGUCUACUCAGAUACAAGAAAUCAGAUUGAAGACGCGAAACUUUAUCGUGUUAUUCAUUCUGCCUGUAUAUGAGCCUUUGCGACCUUUCACAAACACAAUCCUAUCCUCCUUGGACCCCUCCAUUCACUUCAUUCUACCGAAUUCAUACCAUUCAGCUCUUCCUAAACAAUCUCUUUUUAUUCCCCCUAUCUAUGACUUUCUGUCUUUCGAAUACCUUCACACAUACAAUUCCUAAAUAAUUAUUUUACUCACAUUUCAUCAUGGCAGAGAAUACAAGAGACUCGUCAAGCUCAGGCUUAACGGAGUCAUCAGCAUCAACAGCUACCCCUCUUUUACGACCAGAAACUCUCAAGAGGCAGAUCAGUCGACAUCCAGCUUUGAGUCCCUCUGUUACGAAUAUUCCAGUCACUCCGGGCAUACAUUUGGGAGCAUACGAAGAGAAAAAAGUAGACGACAAAUCAAUUGAAAUUGAAGAACAAAGUUAUUUCUUACACGGUUUUCACCACUCUUCCAAUAUGGCAAACUCCCCAUCCGAUGGCAUGGAUGGCAAAUUAUCGAAUCAAGAAGUCCUCCAGAGACUGAGUCUAUCUGCUGGCCGCGAAAGACAAGGUUCUUUAUCGGACCUCGAUCCACGAGCUGCGCAUCCAUCAUUAGGCUUGACUGGAGGAAUCAUUUCUGCGACAUUUUGUAUACAACAAUCAUUGAUGUACAGAAAAGGCUCAGAUUGGGUAUGUGCGGACAUGUUUUGCGGGCAUUUCUGGUGCUAACAAUUGUAUAGACAUGGUCGCAAAGACAUGGUGGUUCCUCUCAAUUCGAUUCCUUUAAAUAUCUUGCCUCGGACAAAUCACCAUGGAAUCAUACACUCGUUGGCUGGACUGGAGAAAUUAACCCAGUCGAAGAUCUUACACCUCCUGAUACCCCUCCGCUUGGAGCACACCCAAUACAAUCGCAACCCCCACAAAAUAGAGUUCCUUACAACAAGAGCUCGGCACCAGUACCAGUUGAUGGUGUUACCAUGCCUCCAACUCCAGUAGAAAACGAAGGAUUGUUCAUUACAAGUGAAGAUAGGCAACGACUCGAAAAACAACUCGCACAUCAAAAGCACGGAAAAGUAUUCCCAGUUUGGUUAUGUGAUGAUGCAGAUACCAACGAUGAUGGGAGUAUCUGCUUGAAAGAUCAAUCAAGAUGGAGAAGAUUCGCAGAGCAUGAACUAUACACUCUCUUUCAUUACAAACAACAUGAACCUACCAAUGGUCGACAAGAACGACAAUCAUGGGCAGACUAUUAUCGAAUGAAUCAAAAGUUCGCUAACCGGAUCCUCGAAGUCUAUAAACCCGGCGACAUUGUCAUGGUUCAUGAUUAUCAUCUCUUACUUCUCCCUAGUAUGUUGAGGCAACGAGUUCCACACAUGAACAUUGUUUUCUAUCUUCAUAUUCCAUUUCCCAGUAGCGAAUUCCUUCGAUGUUUACCAAGAAGAAAGGAGAUUUUAGAAGGAGUUUUGAGCGCAAAUUUGGUUGGAUUGCAAUCAUUCAGUUACACUCGACACUUCAAUUCUUGUUGUACUCGAAUUCUAGGAUUCCCAUCAACAAGUGCAGGUGUGGAAGCAUACGGUGCGAGAUGUGAUGUGGGAGCUUUCCCUAUUGGAAUUGAUGCACGAAAUGUUGAAAAGCUCGCUUUUGAUGAUUCUGCUGUCGAUGUAAAAGUUGCAGCAUUGAGGAAAUUAUAUACAGGCAAAAAGAUUAUCGUUGGUCGGGAUCGUCUUGAUAGUGUUAGAGGUGUUGCACAAAAGCUCAUGGCCUUUGAACGCUUCUUGGAGAAUUUUCCAGAAUGGCGUGAAAAGGUUGUUUUGGUACAAGUCACAAGUCCAACUAGUGUUGAAGAAGAAAGAGAGGAUUCUGGAAAUAAGAUCGCGGCCAAUGUUGCUGAACUUGUCGCAAAGAUCAAUGGUCUAUAUGGCUCUUUGAGUUUCUCUCCCGUUCAACAUUACCCUCAAUAUCUUUCACAAGAAGAGUAUCUUGCUCUUCUUCGUGUAGCCGAUGUGGGUUUAAUCACUAGUGUACGUGAUGGUAUGAACACAACAAGUUUGGAAUAUGUUGUUUGUCAAAAGGAAAAUCAUGGUCCUUUGAUCAUAUCCGAAUUCUCUGGAUCAGCUGCAGUAUUGGAUACGGCCAUUCACAUCAAUCCAUGGGAUAUGAAUACUGUCGCCGAAAAUAUUCGACUUGCUCUGGAAAUGCCCGCAGACAGAAAGGCGGAGCUUCACUACUCGUUAUCGGAUUACAUCUUUAAAAAUGACAUUCAAGUCUGGACAAAGAGUCUCAUUCGAACCUUGAUUACAAAAAUUGGUUCCAACAAUAAUGCAUUUGCAACUCCUCUUUUGGAUAAGGCUUCCAUGUUGGUUCAGUACAGAGCCGCUAAAAAGAGGUUAUUCAUGUUCGAUUAUGAUGGUACUCUCACACCAAUUGUCAGAGAUCCUGCUGCAGCUUUACCAUCUGAUAAAUUAUACCGCACACUGAAAGCUCUAGCUGCUGAUCCUAAAAACGCCAUUUGGGUUAUUAGUGGUAGAGAUCAAGAAUUUUUAGGACAGCAUCUAGGACAUAUCCCAGAGUUAGGAUUCAGUGCUGAACAUGGUAGUUUUAUGCGUCAUCCAGGUAGUCAGGAAUGGGAAAAUCUUGCCGAGAAAUUUGAUAUGGGAUGGCAAAAGGAAGUUAUGGAGUGUUUUCAGAAAUAUACCGAGAUGACUCCAGGUUCGUAGUAUCCUUCGUGAUCCUUCUCUGAUUUCUCACUAACAAAAUUAGGCUCCUUCAUUGAAAGAAAACGUUGUGCCUUAACAUGGCAUUAUCGUCCAUCGGAUCCUGAACUUGGUGAACGAAUGUCACGUGAAUGUCAAAAAGAGCUCGAAUCUACUGUUGGUAAAGCUUGGGAUGUGGAAGUCAUGACUGGUAAAGCCAAUCUUGAAGUUCGCCCUACAUUUAUCAACAAAGGUUCCAUUGCCAAACAACUCGUCGAUUCUUAUGGCAAAGAAGUCGGUCAACCUCCUGAAUUCACCAUGUGCGCCGGUGAUGAUACUACCGAUGAAGAUAUGUUCAGAGCAUUAAACAAUAGUGAUCUUGACAAAGAUCAUGUAUUUACGGUUACUGUUGGAGCAUCAAGUAAACCGACAUUAGCUAAAUGGCAUCUUUUGGAACCAGUAGAUGUUAUUAGUAGUAUUGCUUUACUUGGAGGUGGAGACACGAAUGUUGCGGAUUUAGGACCGAUUGCUGUUGUAGAGGGAAGAAAUAGAGAAGAAAUGCCCACCAAGUUGGAGGCAUUAGAUAUGGUUCCUGGAGCUCCAAGUACAGGGGAAGGAAGAUGAGUGGUUAGAGUUUUUGGAUUGAAGUGGAUUUGACGUUUGGAAUUUUUGGGGGCAUAGCGUUGGUUGGUAUGGAUUUUAGAUGAGUUCGUUGAUUGGGGUGAAUUGGAGGGACUGGGGUUAAGAUAUGAUAGAGCGAUGCGGUGCGAUGUGAAGAUGCUGAUGAGCAUACUAUACAGAAGAGCGGAUGAUGAUGGAAAAUAAAUAUUCAUAUUAAAUACCCGGUUUAUAGAAUUAUACGUUUAUUUAUAGUAUGCGGGAAGAUGUAUGAUUUUUGAAUGUAAAGGAGUUUUCCCGUAGGUGCGAGUGUGAUUUGAGAUGGAGAUAAAGGGGA